AUGACAAGUUCAUAUAACAACUCAUCAUCAUAUUCAUCUUCAUCUUAUUCAUCAUCUACAACCACUGCUCCUUCUUCUUCUUCUUCUUCCUCAUCCUCAUCACCAAAUAUUUAUAUUCCAAUUCGUGGAUCUGAAAGAUAUGUAUCAGUAUCAUCUGACAAUUUACCAAGUGUAAAGGAUGUCAUUGAAAUAUUAAGAGGUGAAGUUGCACCACUUGACAUUUGGUUACAAAUAGCUAUUGAAUAUUAUAAACAAAAUCAUAUAGAUGACUUUAAGACAUUACUUGGGAUUGCAUUGGAUCCAGCAGCAGAAGAGUUUUACAAGGAUUCAAAGUUUGAAAGAAUAGCCAUGUUGAAUGCAAUGGCAUCAUACUAUACACAGCUGGGUAAUGUUGAAAAGGAUAAAGGUAAAAAGGAAGACUAUUACCAAGAAGCAACCUAUAGAUUCACAAAGGCCGAUCGUAUUGAUCCUCGUCAGCCUCUAACUUUUAUCGGCAAGGCUGCACUCUUGUUGGCCAAGGGUGAGGUUGAUCGUGCUGCUCUCAACUUUCAACAAGCUCUCUCUGCUAGUAGUAAUACUCACAAUUCAAAUACUUCAACAACUUUACCUCUUUUCCCUGCUAAAUUGGGUUAUUCAUGUGUAUUAUUUAAUAAAGGAGAAAUUAAUAAAGCAGUUGAAUCAUUACAAAAGUUAUUGAUACAGAAUCCAGUGUCUGCAUCGGUCCGUUUGGGAUUGGGAUACUGUUUCUACAAGUUGGGCAAGAUCGAGGCGGCCAAAAAGGCAUUCCAAAGAGUAUUGGAGAUUGAUUUGGACAAUGUAGAUGCGUUGGUGGCGUUGGCAACAAUCCAUACCAAUCAAGGUGACAUUGACACUGGCAUGAAACUUAUUGUUCAGGCGUACGAGUUGGCACCCAACAAUCCAAUCGUACUCAACCAAUUGGCCAACCACUUUUUCUACAAGGGUGAUUAUACCAAGGUACAUGCCUUGGCACAGGCAGCCAUGUCCAACACUGACAUUAACCAAAUCAAAGCAGAGGCUAGUUAUAUCAUUGCCAAGGCAUACCAUGCUACUGACAAGUGGAACGAAGCUCUUCAAAACUAUCAUCAAGCAACCCUCAAAUCACCCGAUUUCUACUUGGCCCAAUUUGGUCUUGGUCAAGUCUACCUUCACAACAACGACUAUGAAAAGGCUGUCGGUUGUUUUGAAGCAGUUUUGGAAAAACAACCAGAAAACUACGAAGCACUUCAAAUCCUUGGUAGUCUCUACAAAGUAUCAUCACAAUCGAAAAACAUUGAAAAAAUCAAAAAUGUCCUAAUGAAAACAACUCUAUUAAAUCCAAAUGAUUCUUCAAAUUGGUUAGAAUUGGCUCAAUUAUUAGAAUCUUCUGAUGUUUCUUCUUCUCUUGAUGCAUAUGAAAAAGGAAUUAAUUUAUUAAAAAAAGAUGGAAUUGAAAUAUCAACUGAAAUAUUAAAUAAUAUGGCAGUAUUAAAUCAUAGAAAGGGAUCAUUUUCAAAUGCAGAGAAAUUGUAUCUCAAGGUGAUCGAAGCAUCUGGUCAUAAAUUGGAGGAUUUCAAGGCUGUUAAUAUCACCACGACCUAUAAUCUUGCUAGAUUGUACGAAUCGAUGAAUAAAUUUGAUCAGGCUCGUCAACUGUACAAGGGAAUCAUCAAGGAACAUCCCAACUAUAUGGAUUGUUAUCUUAGACUUGGUGCCAUUGCCAAGAGUGAAGGCAACAGCUAUGAAAGUGGAGAAUGGUACAAGGAAGCACUCAACAUUGACCCCAACUCGCCAGAGACUUGGUCACUCUAUGGUGCACUCCACCUCUCCAACGAGCAAUGGAAUCAUGCUCAGAAAAAGUUUGAACAAAUCCUCGAGGUUGUCAACAAGAAUGAUCCAUAUGCCAGUAUUGCAUUGGCCAAUAUCUAUUUCAACGCCAAGUAUCAGUACCCUGAAAAGUCGGAAAAGUAUCUCUCUAUUGCUGAAUCAUUCUACUCUAGAAUCUUGUCUCGUCACAAUGACAAUAUCUAUGCUGCCAAUGGUUUGGGUAUGGUCGCUGCCGCCAAAAACAAUCUCCUCCUUGCAACUGAAAUCUUUAUUCAACUUCGUGAAUCUGCUAUCGAUGUUUCAACCAUAUCAGUUAAUUUGGCUCAUGUUUACAUGUCUAGAAAUUUAUUUGAUAAUGCUAUUAAAUUGUAUGAAGGAAGUUUAAAAAAAUGUAAUAAUACUAAAGAUAUGGAAGCAAUUUAUGGAUAUUUAUCAAAAGCAUAUUUCUUGGCACGUCGUUAUCAAGAAUGUAAACAAAUAUUGAAAAAGGCAAUUCAUUUUUCACCAUCGAAUCUUGCACUUUGGUACAACUUGGCAUUGGCCAUUGAAUCUCAAUCGAUGGCCAUUUUGGAGAAACCAAACAAAUCUCUUCCAGAGGUUGCAAGUGUCAAUAGAGAGGUUGUAUAUGCUCGUCAUUUAUUGAUGAAUCUUGUCUCUCAAAAAACUCAAAAACCAAAUUACGAUGUUAAAAGAUGUAAAACUCAUUUAUUAUCUUUGACUGAAUUGGCAAAAAAGGUAGGAGAGGAAUUAAAAUCAUUGGAAGAUUUGGAAACUGAAAAUGCUAAAAAGAGAGAGAGUGCUGCGGUUGAGGCUAAAAAGAGAGCCGAUGAAAGAGAAAGAGAGGAAAAGGAACAAGAAGAGGCCAAAAAGGCAAAGGAGGAAGAACAUCAACGUAUGGCCGAGGAAUAUCGUGCCAGUUGGAAUGCCGCCAGAGCAGACAAGGAAAGAGAAGAAAAAGAUGAAGACUAUGGAAGUGCCAAAAAGAAAAAGAGAGGUGCCGAAGAAUCAAGUGACGAAGAAUACACUGUCGAUAAAAAGGAGAAAAAGAAGGCCAAAAAGGAGAAAAAGAAAGAAAAGAAGGAAAAACGAAGAGAAAAAAGAGAUAAAAAGAAAAAAGAAAAACAACAAAAGGAAGGAAAGGAAGGAGAAGAAGAUGAUGAAGAAGGAGAAGAAAAGAAAUCUAGAGAUUCAAGUGAUCAAGAAGAAAAUGAUCAAAAGGAUCAAGAAAUGGAUAAACAAGAAGAACAAAAAGAUACAAGUAAACCAUCUGAUACAAAGGAUGAUGAUGAUGAUUUAUUUGGUAGUGGUGAUGAACUUUAA